AUUUAUUCCUUACACUUACAGAUAUAAUAUACAUAGAUACGGCAUUCGGGAAAGUUUGAAAAUAAUAUAUUCAUUAUAUUUUGUAGAAUCGAAUAUUUUGAAUUUUCCUUGCGUGAUAUAUGACAACGACAUAUACGUGAUAUCGUAUUAUUUGCAUACUUGGAACGCGCGUGCCUAGUUUACGAUACGCGCAUUACACACUCUGCUACGGAUAUAUCGUUAAGUUCAUAUGCAUGUACGUAUGGACAUAUCGUACACAUAUGCCCAUUGUAUUAGUUCUUCCGUAACUAUGCUAGUGCCGUUGACGAUCAGCUGUCCAACUUCUGGAAUUUAAUUCAUAUUGCAUUCGCAGAACGGAAACCUGAAUCGGAAAUCAAAUGUAGUUACAUAAGACUACGUUUCAGGGAAAUGAAUCACUAUCGUUGUGCGUUUAAGAAGAGCUACAAUAUUUUUAGAUAACUGUCCUUCGUAGAAGGUAAAUUUUUGUGUAUCGGGAGAUUUUAAGUGUCACGCAAUAUUUCAAACGUCGCUGCCUGUCAGUGUUUCUUUUUUUUUUUUUUUUCUUUCUUUACAAUUACAUCAGACACAAAUAGAAUUUUACGUUUAACUUCAGAUCAAAAUAUCGUUUCAUUUCGUAUUGAGAAUACGGUGUUGUUAUAUAGUGCAAUAAUAAAUCAGGGUUCGAUUGCUUCCAACGAUUUAAAGAAUGUCCAGUAACCCAAUCGAAGUAGAUCCAUUCAAUGAAGUUGCUUUGGAAAUUGAUAUUUGUGAAGGGAAUGGAAAGGCAGACAACGAACAAAGUACACAAAGUACAAAGGAAGGUACAAAGGGUACUAUUAAUGAGGCAACAUAUGCAGAACCUCUAACGCCAGAAGAGAUCCGUUGGUUUUACAAAGGUGGAGUCGAUAAAAGAUGGGUAGAAUUUUGUGGAUACGAUAGUUUAAGAAUAGAAGCAGCUUGGCGAGAAAGACAAAGUCUUCUUGGUAAAAAUGAUGGGAAGAGCAAUGAAUUGCCACCUGCCGAAAAAGUUGUCGUUAGAGGAGGAAUGUAUGACACAGAAAUUGAUAAUAUGAAAUGUGUCUCGAUAUAUUGGCCAGGCGAAGAAUGGGAAAUAAUGAGAGGUACAUGGUAUUAUGAUGGUAGUUGGAUACCAUUGGAAAUAGAACAUUCUAAGGUCAUAGAGGAAGUUCAUCUAAAAUUGUUCCCCAAACAAUCUUUGGAACAUUAUAGGUCAACGCCUGAAACAAAUGCCUCUUCUUAUUCAUACAAAGUAUUGCACACAGAAUGCUUUCCAGAAUUUCACGUUGACUGGCACUCGAUAGAUUAUGUUGCAUUAUAUAGCGAAUAUACAACAAGUAAAUUAAUGCGCAGUGUUACAUCCAAACUGGGUUUGCCCAAAACCACAGGAUAUCGAUUAAAAAGGGGAUAUAAAGUUCCUGCUACAAUGGAAGAUAAGCCCCAAGAUAUAGACCAUUUAGUCUUUGUCGUUCAUGGAAUUGGUCAUAAGAGAGACACUGGAAAAAUAAUACGCAAUACAACAUCAUUUAGAGAGUGCAUAGAACGGCUGAGACAACGAUUUUUUCCAAAUUCAAAUUACAGAGUUGAGUUUUUUCCCGUUGAAUGGAGAUCAUCUUUGAAACUCGACGGAGACAUAGUCGAAGCUAUUACACCGUACAGCGUUUUAAGUAUUCGUCAUCUAUUAAAUACAUCAGCAAUGGACAUACUUUAUUAUACGAGCCCUCUAUAUGGCGGGGAAGUAAGAGCUGGAUUACAAAAAGAAUUGAAUAGAUUAUAUUUCAUGUUUACCAGCAGACAUCCUGAUUGGAAAGGCAAAGUUUCAAUUUUGGCACAUUCAUUAGGUUGCGUGAUCGUAUAUGAUAUAGUCACAGGCUGGAUGGGUCCUGACACAAGACCUCCAUCUCCAGAUCAAGAAGUUUUGUUGCAAGGUUUACAAUUUCCUAUUGAAAACUUGUUUUGUUUGGGCUCUCCUUUGUCAGUGUUUUUAGCAUUGCGCACACGUACACCGUCCAAUAGAUUAGAUGUAAUGCCUCAAGGCUUAUGCAAAAGAUUUUACAAUAUAUUUCAUUGGUCUGAUCCUGUAGCAUAUCGUAUGGAACCACUUUUGGAACGAGGGUAUAGUAAAGUCGAGCCAGUUGUUAUACCACCGUAUGGAGGAGGAGUUGAUGAAUUGCAAAUAGAACCUUCGUCACUGGUUAACGCGGAUCAAAAUAUAUCUCCCACUGAGACUGAUGAAAGAGAAGAUAGUCCAGUCGAUGUGUCCAGUCGUAAUACGGAGAAAGGAUGGAGCCUUUGGGGUUUAGUUAGAGCUGGUUGGAAUGUUAAAGAAGGCUCAUCUUCACCAACGCCAGAUUCAAAUCCUCCAAUCCGUCCAGGACAAGAGCUAACGCAACGUUUGGAUUACGUUUUACGAGCAGUUGGAUUAGGUAGAAAUUAUUUAUAUGCAGUAGUAGCGCAUACUAGAUAUUGGAGUAAUGAUGAUGUGGCUUAUUUUGUUCUCACAAGACUUUUUCCGACCUUAGAAGCAUGAUGGCGAUGUCAAUGCUUGAAGCAGAAUUUAAGCAGAUUUUAUUAAAUUUACUAGUCGAUUGCUGGCCUUUUAUACCUGAUAUAAACAAUAGGCCUACCACUAAAACAAUCUGUGAUAAUGGAAAAAAACGAUACAAUAACGAUAUAAAAUCUACAUAAAUUGAUGAUUUUAUAUAAUUCACAGUUCAAUAUUAAUAUGGUCAAGUUUUGCAGAUAAAAUAAUAUAUAUAUACAUACAUACAUAUACAUAUACACACACAUAUAUGUAUGCGUGCAUGUACGUCGCGUAUGAUGUAGUAACAUAUACGCGCGCGCGCACCAUACACAUGUUAACUUUGUAUAUUACUUGAUAUUGUAAAAAAAGUUAGAUAUUUGUUUUCAUCGUCGAUACAUACGUACAUACAAACAUACAACGCAUAACAUACACACAUAUAUACAUACAUACAUACAUACGUGCAUAUAAUGUUUGCGCGCGCGCGUGGGCGUGUGUGUGUGUGCAAAAUAAUACACUCACUCACACACACACACACACACACACAUAUAUAUAUAUGCGCCUGUAAAUGCCUGUUUUUAUAACUUAUCGUAAAUAAUUUUCAUUUGUUAUGUUUAAUAACUAUAUAGUUUAUAAUAGAUAUUUAUUUAAGUAUUUAAUCAUAUAGAAUUGUUAACACCAAAAAUGUACAUGUACAUUAAUUAAUGAGAAAAAAUUAAGAGUUUGGAGUUAGCCAUUAAAACUAAAGUUUAAUUUUAAAACAUGCAAUCUCCCACUUUGUGGAGAGAUAUAACAAUAUAUUCAUGUAACUCCAUUAUUCGAGUAUAAUAUAUUUAGUUACAUUCUGAUAUAAAAAAAAAAAAAAAAAAACAAUGGAAGAAUAAAAUGAAAGAAAAUUGUUGAAUAAUGUACAUGAUUAAACUUAAGGAACACAACAAUAUUCGAACCUUUGAAUAAACAAGAAACAUUACCAGUCACUUUGCACAAAUUGUUCAAUUUCCCUGUAGUUCCUACUCGCUACUCAAAGCUUCUAGUCGUAUAAAAUGCGUUAUAUAUACAUAUACCUAGAUCUGUAUCUAUCUAUGACGACUAUAAGCAUGAGGUGCAGUGGGGCUCGAAUGAAAUCAUAUCACAAGAAAAUUUGGAAAAGUUGUCUUUGGCUAAAGGCGAGAUUGUAAUAUAACUUGGCUCUAUAACUUGAUAUAUUUACAUUUAAAUACAUUACUUUUCAUUGACAAGUUUUCAUUGAAAAAUCACAUUCAAAUUUUUUAAGUACAGCACAAAUCAUUGUAAUAUAUUUCCUGUGAUGAUAUGUGUUUGUGUGUGCGUGCGUAAACAGUGACUCGGUAAUCAUGGUACAAUCGGAAAAGAAUUAACUUGUUGAGAAAUUAAAUCGAAAUUACAGGAUAACGUUUUUUUAUACGAAAUUUUGUUUUCGAGAAAUUUGAAUGAAAUAUUAAGUGUAACUACGUUUACAUCUAACUUAAUUGUUGAACAAAUAAUACAGAUCAUAACUCGUUUACAAAUAGCAUUAAAAUCAUAGAUAAUUUGAUUUCUUCAUUCUUUCUUUGAUCAAUAUUUUUUUUUUAUCUCUAUAUGAAGUACCGAUACUACUAUUUGUAAAAAAGAUACAGCCUCCUCGAAAUUCAUUUAAUGAUCGUUGAAUCAAAUGUACCGUAAAAUGCUAUUUAUUCACCACAACCGACCUCUCGGGUAAUUGCAUUAGUCUUCUUCCUGUCUAUUUAGAAUUAAGAAUUCAGAUAGAUAAUCAGUUUGGAUAAUGGAGUUCAGCUGUGUAUAUAUAUAUAUAUAUAAUCGAUUGGUAUUUACAGUCAAUUUCCUCGAAAACAAAAUCUAACGUAAAAAAGUUUCUUCAUUUCACAAGUAUGUGUAUGCGUGUGCAUAUAUAUAUAUAUAUAUAUAUAUAUAUGCGCACACGACACACACACACGCACACACAUGAAUAUCGAUGUUGCAUGUGUGUAUGUAUGUAUCAAUCAAAUUUGUUUAUUUUCUAAUAAUGAUGUUUUAUAGAUACAUCUUUAUAUAUGGACUCGUUUGUUUUUCUAUCGAUUGGUAUAAGAUUAGCGUAAAUACAAAACGUAUAUAACACAAAAUAGUAUAUAAUUAUAAUAUUAUGAAAAAAUGAAAUUUUCCUUGUGAAGGUCAUUCAUUGUAUAGACAAUUUGCUACGAUUAAAAUGGCCAAUAUGAUAGCCAGUUAAAAAAUGACCAACAUGAAACAUGCAAUUAAUUAAUUAUUUGCAUGUGUGCGUAUAUCAUUGAUUUUUUUAUUACAGCUUUUUUAACAUAAUGUUAGUAAAAAUUUUAAUAAGUAAAUAGGUAAUUAACAUAUAUUCUGUAAAAUAUUGAAUGUAUUGACUGCAAGGGAACACGAGUAUUCUUUUGUAGGAUAAAAACAAUGAUCCAUAGUACGUAACAUGAUAUAGUUAAAACAAUAAAAUGUAAUCAGUUGGAAGAAA